CAUGACGGGCUGUGUGUUGACUCCAGCCCCCGGCGGCCUCGGCUCUACUUCCUGCCUGCCAUAACUUUACUGUACACAACACAGCAGGCAGCGUUGACACCAGCAGGUCAUCUCACCCGAUGAACACAAAGCCGCUCGGGACUGAUCAUGACACAGCAGGAGCAGCAGGAGUUCACGGAGAGCCUGGAAGCGGCCCUCUCCUGGAUGCGGGCCAUCCAGGAGAGGCUGAAGGCCAAUGACAACACCCAAGGGCCCCGUGAUGCCCUGGAGGCCCGACUCAGGGAGACAGAGAAAAUCCAUCAGUCGGAGCACGAAGGUCGUGUGAAGAUGGACAUGGUGCUGGUGGCAGCCGAGAACCUCCUGCAGAGCGGAGACGAGGAGCUGAGGAACCACACCCACGCUAAGCUGAAAGAUCUGAAGAGCCUGUGGGAGGAGACCUGCACCUACAUCAUCCACUGUCACAGUCGUAUCGAGUGGGUGUGGCUCCACUGGAGCGAGUACCUGAAGGCCUACGAGGAGUUCGAGCUGUGGCUGAUGAGGCAGCAGCGCAGCCUGGACGUUGGGGUGGAGCUGCAGCUGGGCGUGAAGGAGAAACUUUGGCAGGUGGACCAGCAGAGGGUGACGGUGAGCGACAUCCACGGGCAGGCGGCGCUGCUGGAGAGGCUGCUGGACGAGGCUGCCGCGCUGCACAACAGAACCCAGGACCCCAGUGUGGAGCCUCAGGCCCAGGAGAGGCUGCAGGAGGCCUACAACGACGUCAGGGACAGAGCAAAGGAGCGUCUGUCGCUCCUUCAGAAGAUCGCUGAGGAGCACCAGACGUACCAAGGCUGUGUUCAGAGUUUCCAGUCCUGGCUGCUGUCAAAGACCAAGGAGCUAACUGAUCUGAUGGAGAGGGAGGAAACGGCUGAGAACAAGCUCAGAGCCUUACAAGCUCUGGACGACAGCGUGGCCGGCGAGGAGAAGACCCUUCAGCACAUUGAGGGUGUGGCGGAGGCGGUGAGGGGCAGCACCUCUCCUGGGGGGGCCGACGUGGUGGUGGAAGAGGCAGAAGAGCUGAGGCUGGGCUGGCAGAGGCUGAGGCAGGGCCUGUGUGAGGCCGAGGAGGGUCUGCGCUCCAGCCUGGACUCCCACAGUCAGUACAUGACCCGGUGCCAGCGGCUAGGAGAUAACAUCGGGCGCCUCAGGGUGCUGCUGCAGGGGCUCGACCAGGAGCUGGUGGAGGGCCGCGAGGCCGGGGACUGCACCGACCGCACCGAGGAGCAGAUGGUGGGCCAGUGGAGGAAAUACACGGGUGUGAGGAAUACUCUGGCAGGGGAGGAGUCCCAGGUGGAACUCCUCAAGGCUCAGCUUAAGGAUCUCUUCAGGUUCUCAGUGGACUCACGACACCUUUCUGAUGACGUCCUGGCUGUGGUCAAAGAGCAUCAAAGUGUGAAAUCCAGAGCGACCAGGCUGUGUUCAGAGUCAGAGUCCGGCCUGAGGAACAUCCUCCAGGACCCGCUGCUGGUCUACGCCCAGUGGAGCCACAUGGUCUCUCAGGUGCUGGAGGCUUCUGCCGAGGUGACCGACUUCUCCCACAUCGCCAUGCUGGUCCAGAACAUAGAGCGUCUGCUGAGGGACAGCGUCCAGCUGCAGGAGCGUUUCAGCUUGCUGCAGGUGAAGGGAGAACUGCUAGACUCUGUGUUUGGUCCCGAGAGGUCUGACGGUCUGCAGGGGGAACUGAGCACCGCCGUCAAGAACAGAGAGCUGCUGCACACCCAGCUGCUGCAGAGGAAGAGCAGGCUACAGGGCUUAAUCUCAAGAACCAAGGACUUUGGUGACGCCUUCGAGCUGAUUCGCUCUAAACUGGCCCACCUCCGAGACCGAGUGUUGGCGGCAGAUGGUCUCCAGCCUGACAUCCUGGCCAAGAAGAGUCAGUCCGACCAGUUCAGGGUGAUCCAGAAGGACCUGGAGGACUGUGAAGCCCACAUCACAGCUCUGGAGACCCUGGUCUCCUCCAGUCAGAGCAACAGGACUCAGUUUGAUAGACUCUAUGCCGACUGGAGACAUCUGAACAAGGCAGUCAGGGUGAAGGUGGAUGAGAGUGAGGACAACAUCGCAGAUCACGAGAGCUUCCACGACAGCCUGCUGAACGUAGAGAAGUGGCUGAUGAUCAUGAAGCAGAAGCUGGAGUCCUUCCACAGCCCGUCAGGAGAGUGGAGCGUCGAGGGCCGCCAGCACGAAGCUCAGAGAGCUCUGGGAGAGUUCCCAGAGAAGGAGUUCCAGCUGCAGCAGAUGGAGUUCCAGGGUCAGGGGGUUCUGGAGAAGACUUCAGAGGAGGGACAGAUCCACAUUGUGCGAGACAUGAAACGGCUUCGAGAGUCCUGGUUGGCCCUCUACAACAUGAGUCUGAAUCUCCACAGGCUGCUGAACAGCUCCGAGGAGCAGACAGGGUCUGACUCAUGGAGAGCUGGAGGCACAUCCCUAACAGCAGAGCUCAGUGUGGGGGAGGAGGACGGUCAGGCCGGAGGCUCCAGGAGCCAGAGAGGCCAACGACGCAACCAGCCAGCAGAGGUGUAUGGAGCUGGUUCUGGGCCUGGACGAGGAGGAGGAGGAGGAGGAGGAGGAGGCCUGGAGGGAGAGGCAGGAGAGGGGGUGCUGACGGGGCAGGGAGGGUGGAUCCAGGGCCGUGCUGAAGGUCACCUCCUUCUGUCUGGACAAGUCGAUGAACAUCUGAGUCUGUCGAGAACGGACAAGGACAGUGGGCACUCCUUCAGAGGAGAUGAGGUAGAUUCCUCUGUUCGCAGCAGAGCGAGCCAGAGAAGAAGCCCUGACAGCGAUAAAUCAGCAGGGGGGGACAGAGGGGGGGCAGCAUUAACCACCAUGGUCAGCUGCAUCGAGGAGGCGAGAACCAGUCCUGGAGAAGGCAGUGCGGAGGCCGGGGACGGUCGGAGCCCAGGAGGAGGAGCGUUCAUGCUGUUCAGACGAGAUCCAGCAAAUCAGACAUCAGUAACAUCGACUCCACACACAACGGGGGGCACAGGACUCUACAGAUCCAGGAGGAGGGAGUUCGAGGCCUGGCUGUGCAAAGAGAACGAGCUCCUCUCAGGGAUCCUCGGCACGAAGGGGGCGGCGCUCAGUGCCAAAGAGGUCCAGAUCCGACAGGACACGCUCACAGCUCUGAGGGCAGAAGUGGCCUGGGGUCAGGAGCAGUUCCAGCUGUUGCUCCAGGAGAGCCCGUGCAGUGGAGCUGGUUCUGGGUCAGCAGAGGAUUCGGACCUGGAGGAGCUCCGCUACCGCUGGAUGCUCUACAAGUCCAAACUAAAGGAUGUGGGAGAGGUCAGGGCCAGGACCAGGGCUAAGAGAGUCCAAGUCAAACCAGAGGAGCCGCCUGACGCAGCAAAGGUACAGAAGAGGCCCGGGCUGAUGCAGCGGGUGUGUCGGCUGGCUCUUCCUCUGUGGCUCCUCCUCCUCGCUCUGCUGCUGCUGGCGUUCCUGCUGCCGCUCAUGGACGAAGGCAACAGCUGCUCCCUCUCCAACAACUUCGCCCGAUCCUUCAACAUCAUGCUCCGCUACGAAGGACCUCCCCCCACAUAAGAACCGUCCUCUGACGGCACAAUUUACAGUAACACCUGCUCUCACUCCUGUAAUGGACCAUGGCUUACGUAGGACAUGUUAGCUGUACUACUUGAGAUCCCACAAUCCCCUAACCCUCGAUCAUCAUGCAUGACUGUACAUCAUCACAGCUCAAACCCUGUGUUCCUUCUGCAGCAAAUCAUUUCAAAUACCAAUCAAACUACUUCUAUUCAAGACCUUUUUUUAUGUUUCCUCCUUUGAUAUCGUCUUCAUUAGGUUGGAAACCACUACCUAAAGUAGCACACACAUCUGCAAACAUCAAAUCCAACCGUCUAUGCACGCUGCAUACCAGACUACCAACUACAAAGGAACAAGAUUACAAUUGGACUACAUAUCCCAUGCUCAUUUUCCAAAUUUUUCCAAAUACUGCAACAUAUGACUGUAGAAGAUUUAUCAUCCGUAAGCCAAAGUCAUUUUCUGUCGUCUUUCAAUGCCAUGACUUCCUGUCCAGUUUAAACGUGGUCGUCAGCUUUAACUUCUGUUCAUCUGAACCGUAAUUUAAAAAUCACCUGAAGACUCCAAAUCCCAUCAACCCCUCCUGCCUGCCUGUCACUUCAACAAGAAACAAGAACAUUUUCUUAUUUUACUAAAAAUACAUUUCAUUUUAUGACAAGAUAUUUUUCAUGUUUUAAUUAUUUCAUAACAAAUGACUCUACACUUCACUUUAAUGAGACUCAUUGGACUCAUUAUUAAAGACUCAACAAAUCGUGUUAAAACAAUGAAUGCCCCUCGUUAUAAUGACACAGCAGUUUACCUCAUUAAAGAAGAAACUUUUCUCAUUAUAAUCUGAUCAGUAUUUGUUUUGUUAAUCAGUUAUUUGAGAUGAGACAUAAAAAAGUUAAAUUCCUCCAGGUUUCUGUGUAAUAAUGAGUCCAGCUCAUGUUAUGAUGAGUUUUGUCAGAACAUCAGAGGUUUCGUGACAGAAACGUAUCAUAGUUUAUAAUAUUUUAAUACUUUGGUAUGGGUCAUUAUAACAAAAAAAUAUCUUGUUAUAACAUGAAACCUGUUGAACACCCAUGUCUCUCCUGAUGUAUCUCAAACUGUAUAAACCCAAAGUCAGUCAGUCCACAGAUACACAUGUAGACCAUGUACCAGAGGAUCCAAACCAAAGACUACAUCACCAGACCUGGGGCUGAUACUGAAGCUAACACUGUAUCUGUGUUAGUGAUCACUCCCUUCAUGUGUUCCAGUGCUCCUGUACCUCUUCAGCUAAUGUUGUGCUAAUGAUACGUAGCAACAUUCAAAAGAAAUCAUGUUCAGUGUUUGUUAUUUAAGGUCAAAACAUAACUCGUGUUCUUAGUGUUAUAAAAUAAACCAGGACUGUCAUUGUGUGUUCACACUGAGAGCAAUGUGGCUAGUGCUAAUCCUCUGACUGAAUGUGAGAGAGAGAGGGCUGUGGUUAGAGAGACCUUUAUUUUCAUUGAAUCAUCUGCAAGAGAUACUCCAGCAAGCAAGGCUGAGACUGGAGUUCUAGAAACAUGCAUCACAAAUGUCGCCGUGAUUCUGAGCAUGGUUUUCUUCUUACUUCCUGUACAGAAACCAGACGCUCCACUGGUUCACUCCUGCUCUCUGUUGUGGAUUCAGGCUUCAGCCAGGCAGCAUGUUCCAAACAAAUGUCACAGAAGCAAGAAGUUCUUAAUCCAGUGAUACAAUUUUAAAAGUUUUAAACUUUACACAACAAAAUAGAACAAACUCAACCCCAGACAGGAACCUGUUGGAACCUGUUGGGUGACAGAGUCUUAACAUCAAACAGAUCCUGAUCCUGUUGAUGAUCAUGUUGCUCACAGUGUGAACAAACCGACUGAGUAAGUAACAAUCAACCAUGACAAAUCAUCAACAUGACAGUGAGAGCUUAACUCUUAUUGAAGGAUGAUGAUGAUGUGUGUGUGUGUGUGUGUGUGUGUGUGUGUGUGUGUGUCUCUCUCUCACACAGUCUUUACUCAGAAUGAACUGUUCAAUAUUUACUGAAUGUACUUUGAAGAACCAAAAAUCUGUCGGAUGUUUAUUCCUGUGUUCUUGUGUAAGAAGACUCAACUGUAUCUUGUCACAUGACAGCUGAUCCACUAAAGCAGGAAGAAGGAGACGUCUGUUCAUGUUUCAUGAAGUUUAAAUCAGUUUUCCUUUGUUCUUUUUAACUGUUCAAUCAUCUCAUCAGAACUGAUUGUUUUCUGAAGGUGCUUUUUUUGUCUUGACCUCAGUGACACUUACUUUGCCUCUGACGUUUUCCUGGACCACAGUGUUCUCCUGAUGCCAGUGUCUGAGCUGAAAAAUUGGCAAUUGUUUUUUUUUUUUUUUGUUUUUUUUUUUUUUGUUCAAACCUAAAAUAACCUGCACCCGCUCUUUUUAUCCUACAUUCUCUCUCUCUCUCCUCACACCACGCACAGCCCUAAAAAUACACACAAACACCUCCAAACACUUUCACAGCUACUUUCCCUUUUUUGGCCAUAUUUGUGUAUAUUAUUGAUCCAUCAUGUUGCUGUGGCAACAGUGGCCAGAUCAGGUUUCUCUGUUACAGAUUCUUACGCAACAAGUACCACAACAUGUGUGUAAUAUGUUCAUCUUUAAGAAGGACUGACGGAGCUCAGGUGAUUUCAGAAAGAAAACCUUAUAUCUAAGACAGUUUGGACGUUAAAGUGAAACUGCUGAGCUGACUCACUAGUUUCCGCAUUUUGGAUACAUCACUACACAUCUGUUAAAACUGGAUGGUCAUACCUGUGGAAGCCCAGUGUUCUGACCUGUAGCGCUCAAUAACUGAGCUAACUCACCUUUACACUGCCUUUUAAAUAGAGCAGGUCCUCAGCAGCCUGAUCUGGUCUUACAUCUACGUUGUAUCUGCUAAGCUACGUCCUCUGGACUCUGUAGCCCAGUUUUUCCACCAUAAACACAGCUUUAUAUAGUCAGAUCCAAAUCUGUGACUUCAUCCGGUAAAGAGCAGGAACUGAGCUACCUACCGUCGACUUUACGUCCACGUCCUCUCACUGUAUUCAUACCACGAACGGGAGGAUACGUUCCUACUUAAAGGGGUAGUUCGGGUUAUUUCAUGUGGGGUUAUGUGAGGCACCUAUAGCUGCUGUGGGCGGGGUCAGCAGGAAAAUGUGUUUUAGCCACAAAAAACCAAGAAGGAAAAAAAGCUAAUAUCAGUUGAAGUGUUGUUUUCUUUUGUAUAUUUUCAACAUUUGAUCAGCCGUCAAACAGCCUUUUACUUUGAAACUACAUUUUCUUAAUUGUUGAACUACCGUAUUUCUAGGCACAAGUGCACCUUUGCUUAGCUCUGUCUGACUCAAGCAGCUGGGGCCGGUUGCAAGAAACACCUUAAGUUUUCUACUUAAGUAAUGGCACUUGAGGUGUAAUUUCUCCUUAGUUGAGGGAGUUACUUAAGGUUGUUGCACAGAAUCUCUUAAAAAGUUUCCUUAGUUAGGAAAAAAGCUGAGGCAUUUGCAGCAGUGACAGUACAAUUCUACUGCAUCGUUAAGGGUGUUUCCUGGUCGUGAAACAUCAUCAUCAUCUUAAUUCAUUUUUUUACUUAAGCUCGACCAUGUUGCAGUUAAGAUAGAGUCAAAGGUACCUUUAGUUCUUUGCCUUACUUUGGUCUGUCGUGCAACGGUUUGACUGAUUUUAAGUGAGUCCUUAAGUUUAAGACUAAGUUUAAGAAAUCCUUUAAUACUUUUUUAUGGAAACCUUAGCUCAGACUUUUAGCAAAAUCUGUGCAACUGGCCCGUGCACUGCAGAUUAAUACAGCCGUACUUGCAUUUGUGCGUAGUAAUACAGUAGUUCAGCGGUUGAAUAAUGUAGUUCCAAAGGAAACGUCACACAACCCGAACUGUCCCUUUUAUGGCCGGCAGGCGUCUGUUAAACCCUUAAGUCAGGUGUCUCACAGAUAGUUGAGGAUGGAUGAUAAUGGCCGAGGUGGUGAGGAAGAAGAUGACUACGGUGACAUCGCCACCAGACGUCGAGCAGCGAUGACUUUUAAAGCGUAAAUACACUUCACGCAGCAGCUUUAAAGAGUCGCGACAUCACUGAAGGCGUUCGGUUACCAUGGCCUUAAAGCUUCAUGUUAAUCAGCGGUGCCAUAACCACAUGUAUUUAUUGACAGUCAGCUGUAUAACAGUUCUAUAACCAAGUGAAAUAUAAGGUGUCGUCCCGUCGCGUGUGUUGAUGUCGCACACCGAGUCUGCUGCUUAUUGCAUUGCUCUACUCUGUCUAAAUUAUGCAUGUGUCCCUUUAGAGAAGCCUAUGCAACCUCCGCCUGGUCAGACCCUCCAUGUUACUGUCCAUUGAUACUUUAUGCAACAUGUAAAAGGAUUUGAAUCCUCUGAGCACAGCUGGUCCUUAACAAGAGUCCACUCCUUAUGCAAAAAUGUCUGGAGCACCAGAUUGUGGUGUCCAUCAUGAAAAGGCACAGAUGAAGAUUGAAAAGUGAGCUUUUUUUUAUAAAGUGAUAUAAUUCUAUUUUAUUAAGGUUUAGAAACAGAGUAGAAAUGCUUCAUAUUAUUCAACAGAGCUUGUAUUUAACCACUGUUUUGUUUUUUGUUUUGUUCGGAUGAAAUAAAAAUAAAGUUUGAGUCCUGAAAGGAUUCACUUCAAAUACUCUGA